AUGAGCGACACAGAAUCGGACUUUUCGGAAGACUUGGAGCUCGAACUGACGGCGGAGGAGCUCGAGGAGGCAAAGCAGCGCCUUUUGGAAAAGAAGAAAGAUCAAAAUGAAAAGAAGACGACGGGCGAUAUCGUCAUCGACUUGGACAACAAGCCGAAAUCGAAAAAGUAUCUUCCGCCAGAAGAGUUUGGAAUUGAACUUAUUAAUGAGUCAAUUGGCGAGUCUUACAUCGACUUUGAUUCGGCGAAGAAAAACUACGAAAUCAACUUGGAAGAGUUCGAAAAGAAGAUCGAAAUCGGCGGCGAUUUUCUGAAAAAGAAAAGGAUCGACACGGCGAAGUCGAAAUACGCGAAAGCCAAGGAGAAAGAAACGGCGAAGAGCAAAACAGCUGGGAAGAAGUGGUUCGAUAUGGCAGCGCCGGAAUUGACGGAAGAGGUGAAAAACGAUUUGAAACUGCUGCGCUACCGCCGCGUGCUCGACUCCAAAACAUUCAUGAAAAACAGCGAUCGACGCGGAGACGCCAAAUUCUUCCAGCUGGGAACAGUGAUGGACAGCUCAGACGACUUCUACAACCGACUCACCAAAAAGCAACGAAAGGCAACACUCGUGGACGAGCUUUUGGCGGACUCCGAGUUCCGAGCGCUGCAGAAGAAAAGAAAAGCGAAGAUGAACGCCCAGGCGGCGGAGAAUCGCGGCAACCCGACCAGAAAGAAAGCGAGGAAGAUAAAAACUCUGUUAUCCUGA